GUUCCGACCUCUGCCUCGUAUCAUGACUUCUCUCUCUUCGUCGGAAGACUCCAUCCGAGCCCUUUUUAACUCUCGUACACUGCUUACGUGUGGAACUUAGAUGAACCCAAAGAAUAUCCUCCUGCAUUAAUUCCUCCAUAUCUAUUAUGUUCAGUUCAGAUCAAUUCAUCAUGUCAGGUAACAUGAAAGACUGCGAGGACUUAGCUUUGACGGAGGGUUUUCUAGAUCAAGAAUCGACAGAAUCAGGCAAACGGGCAUUGAAGCAUAAACACAAUCAGUAUUCACGUUCUAGUAUCUGUCUCUCACAAAAGUCAUUUUGGCCUUGGAUUCAUAUAUUUUUAAUCUUCAACUAUACGGUCUUGUUCUCCUUGGCGAUUCUCAAGUUCUCGCGGAAUGCGAUUCAUUUGCAGCCGCCAGAAGAGCUCUUACACCGUAAGAAACUUGUUAAACUCUAUUGCACACUGCCUUGCUCACGGAUAUGAAUGUAUAGUAUCGGCUCGCUCUGCUAUAGAAUGGGAAGUACGCAAGUUCGAGACGAAAAUUCUAGGAAAUCCCUUCGUCGGCGAGCCCCGACCUGAGCUCGAAAAUGCAUGGCAUAAUCUUUUACGGUGUAAUUAUGCCGCCUUGAUUCCAUUCAAACAAUUCUAGAUUCGAGAUACUGAGAUUGACCAGAUGACAAUCUACAAGUACCGUUGAGCGACUUUGACGAGAAUAUGCCCGUCAUACAUUUGAAAGAUGGAUCUGGUGUCAUUGCUCAAUUGACAGUUUUUCAUGCCCUUCAUUGUUUGGUAUGUGUACCGGUAUUAUUCCCGUGCGAAAUCCUACUGACAAUACCUUUAGAAGAAAUUAAGACAGUGGGUUUACCGUAACCACUAUUACAGUACUGCUUCCGAAGAUCGACUGUCCUUAGAAUCCGAACAUGCAGGUAUGAAAUGAGUGUCCCCAUUUACAUUGAUUUAAGCUCAAGCUUCAUUCUUAGAUCACUGUAUUGAAUAUAUCCGAGAGCAUCUCAUGUGCAAGCCCGAUAUUUCACUCAUCACAUACAAGUGGGUAAAUGGAACGCGUGGAAAUGAGGUUAUAGGGCAGAGCAAGAGUUUACGACCAUCGAACAAAGAUCUCAGCGACCAUGAGUGUGUAAACUGGGAUAAUGUUGAUGCUUGGGCUGGGGAGAGAGAAUUUGAUUUGUUUCGUGUUGAUCUACUUAAAAGGCCUGACCCCGUGUCAUGAGGAGUUUUCUUCUUUAUGGCCAUUAGCGAAGACGGUGCGUGAGGCUAUAUGCUGGGGAUAAGCUAGUUCUAGACAUAGUGCAUUUAAAAUCUGAAAUGGUUGCAGAAGAGUGAAGCUUCGGCUUUAGUUUUCCUCUUACUAAGCUUUCUUUUGGCCAGUGGGAAUGCUUUUUCGUCACGUAUUUGGCAUCCUUGACACUU